UUUAACUUAUUUUUUUUAAUUGUUAUAAUUUUUUAGCCUAUUUAUAAUUAUUUAAUAUUAUUUUUAUUAUUUCACCGGUGAGCCGAUGGUUGGGCCAGUCAGACCUGGUCUCUUUGCCAGGUUGAUGUUCAGACCGGUUUUUAAAACUAUGAUCUAUACACUGUCUCACUCUAGGGUUCUCAAAACUGAACUCAGUCAUGUGAAGAAGAGAUGGUGAGUGAAAUUCAGAACUCCGAACUGGUGGAUCCGCUUCAUGGUCACUCUGGUCUCUCUCUGUUCCCUCGUACAAUUAGGGCUUCCACAGAUCCCUCAAACCCUAGGGACCCCGACGACCUACAAUCAAUUCACGAUUUCAUGAAAUCAAUGGGGUUAAGAAAUCCUCAAAAGCUUUUAGAGAAGGCAAAGGCAGUCAUCAGUGGUGGUUCAGAAGUUUUGAACUCCAGCUUUGUAGCAGUUAUGGACAAUAAUGGCACUUUUGCAGCCAAGGGCAAGGAAAACCCUCAAGAACGAAGGCCUGGGUCGGGCCGAAAGAGGGCUCGGUUUUCUUUGAAGCCUGGUACAAGUAAGCCUAUCAUGAGUUUGGAAGCAUCUUUGGAGAUUGAUCAUCUCCAAAACCCGGAGGAAUUUUUAUCUGCUUACGAAAAGCUUGAAAAUGCCAGAAAAGAAAUACAAAGACAGACGGGUGGCAAUACGACUUAUCUAAAUGAGUACAAUUCAUCCAUGAAUGCGCGACGUCGUCGACCAGGAAUGUUGGGGAAGUCAGUUAGUUAUAAGCACUGCUAUUCAUCUGUUCUGUCUGAAAAUAACAACACUUUUACAUCCUGUCAAGACAUAUUGGAACAAGAAGUUCUCAGUCCACCUAAUCCUGAUUUACGAGAAGAGACAGCUGAUAUGGAUGUUGAAACCCAGGAAAUAGAAUUAGCAGGAUCAAUAGCUAAGACCGAGAGCCGAGUGAACGAGCUUUUGCAUGAAUUAUUAUCCAGUAAUAAUGAAGAUUUAGAGGGGAAUAGGGCUUUUUCUCUUUUGCUGGAGCGGUUGCAGAUCAAACCUCUUGAUCUAGGAAAAUUAUGCCUCCCUGACUUUUCUGAUACUGGAAAGACUGAUUUUGCAGCUUUUCAAGAGAAGUUGCCAAGACGCCACAACUCUUUGUCGGAUGUGCAUAAUUUGGUGAAAGGUAUACGGGAAAAAACACCUGCAAAACAUAAACAAGUAGCAGAAAGCUCCAUGCAUUCUCUAGAAUCACCCGCCCCACCAAGAAGUCCAUUUGCUUCAAUACUUUUGUUGAAAAAACAGAUUUCGCAGUUAAAUCCAUUGCGCGAUCCAUUCUCACCUCUUAAUGUGGAUCUAUCAGCCAUCAGAUAUCAUUCUUCUGUAGAACACAUUGAAAAGCAAUCUGAACAGAUUGUUAUUCGGGAGAAAUCUCGCACUUCUAGCAAGUUGAAGUCACUAGAAGGAGAUGAAACUACAAAAACUAUGGUUGCUAAUACAGGCUUACAAAAGGUGAUAACAGGAGGAUCAAUAGCUAAGACCGAGAGCCGAGUGAACGAGCUUUUGCAUGAAUUAUUAUCCAGUAAUAAUGAAGAUUUAGAGGGGAAUAGGGCUUUUUCUCUUUUGCUGGAGCGGUUGCAGAUCAAACCUCUUGAUCUAGGAAAAUUAUGCCUCCCUGACUUUUCUGAUACUGGAAAGACUGAUUUUGCAGCUUUUCAAGAGAAGUUGCCAAGACGCCACAACUCUUUGUCGGAUGUGCAUAAUUUGGUGAAAGGUAUACGGGAAAAAACACCUGCAAAACAUAAACAAGUAGCAGAAAGCUCCAUGCAUUCUCUAGAAUCACCCGCCCCACCAAGAAGUCCAUUUGCUUCAAUACUUUUGUUGAAAAAACAGAUUUCGCAGUUAAAUCCAUUGCGCGAUCCAUUCUCACCUCUUAAUGUGGAUCUAUCAGCCAUCAGAUAUCAUUCUUCUGUAGAACACAUUGAAAAGCAAUCUGAACAGAUUGUUAUUCGGGAGAAAUCUCGCACUUCUAGCAAGUUGAAGUCACUAGAAGGAGAUGAAACUACAAAAACUAUGGUUGCUAAUACAGGCUUACAAAAGGUGAUAACAGGAGGUUCAGUUCAUCUACCUGACGAAUCUUUGAAUGACACCUCGAGCAGACAAUGUGGUGGUAUUUCUUUCAGUCCAAUUGGAUCUCAUGGUGACUUGGAGGAUCGUGGUGGGUGCCAAAAUAUGGGUGAUUGGACUAUGGAUACAAGUGCAAGUAGGCCUAAUACUGACACUGAUGUUCUGCUAAAUGGGCCCAAUGACAUGGAGGAGAAUAAUGCUGUAUUUGUUGAGACAAAAAUGCAGAUCGAAGAUGUGUUUCAGCAAGCAGUGUCCACUCAAGCAGUGUCCACUGUACAACAACCUAUGAUCGAUGAGGGCUCUACUAAGUCAGAUACAGAUACGCGGGCUUAUGGAUCCAUUGAAAUGGAGGACAAUGUUGAAGAUAUUCUGCAGAAAGCAACAUCUUCUGCACAACCAGAUGUCAUUCUGGAGGAUUCUGCCGUCGAAAACUUGAACAGCAGUCAGAGUCAGUUUGAAAAAUCAACUCCUGCUGCAGUUGGAGACCAUGACAUGAAUGUACCCUCUACGACCUCAGAAGUUGGUCAAGAAGAAUACAUUGAGGUAUCCUACUAUCGUGAUCAUUUUCUCUUGGCUAGUGAGUUCUACAUAUCUUUAUUUACAUUAUUUGUUACUAAAUCACCCUUCGAUUGUAUUGAAGUCAUGAAAUGUCCAGGUACAUCAUUAAAUAAGCAAAAUAAAGCAAAAAGACAGCAUGAGCCACGCCAGAAAAAAGCAUUUUCCUGGAGGCAAAGCCUUGCAGAUGCUGGUGCAUCAUUAGCAGGUGGGGUAAGACGAAGCAAAAGGAUCAAAAUGAGACCAUUGGCAUAUUGGAAAGGCAAAAGAUUUUUAUAUGGAUGCGUACAUAACAGUGAGUAUUUUCUUGUGUAAAUUACUUUAUUGCACUAGUUUGCCAUAUGUGAUGCUUUUGUUGUUUUCUUCUUAAAGAAGAUUGCACGUGACUUUUAUGAAUUCUACAUAUAACAAACAAAUUAGGGGGGGAGAUGACUUGAGAAGCACACUAUCUCUAUUUUCUAAGUUCUUAAAAUUCAGAUUUUUGUAUUAAUAAACUAAGUGAUGGGGAUUGUGUAGGAAUUGGAUAGAUAUUAUAGAUUAAUUAUGAUAGUUAUUUAGAGACUUUUAAUAUUUAGCUUUUAAGUCAUUU